AUAUUAUUAACAUGUGGCUGAAUGUGGUCAAUGUGGAUAACACUGACCAGUGACCAUACUACAAAAUCAUGCAUUUUUAAUAUGAAUCAUUGUGAUUGUCAUCUUCUGAUGAUUUGAUAUUGAUAAUGAUUAUCAUUGGUUACUUUAAUGUCAUUCACAGAAACUGAAUAUUGAACCAUUUGGCGGAUGCAUAGAUCUACAACAUUCUUCUUAUGGCUGCCUUACAAACAUUCAUUAUACUCGAACAAAAUUAUACUGAAAUGUUUAAGAGUUGUUACCGAUGUUGUUUAUUUUAUUUUGGUUUUGGUCGUCGUUCCGAAGACGUGGGUCUUAAUCUAGGGCUUUUGGAAAAUGGAAACUCGGUUGCCGGCAGUACCGAACAUUACACUGUUCAAAAAAUAUCGAGUUUUGGUCGACAUAUUUCUCACGACGAGGAUGGACUUUCUGUGUCAGGUUUUACGAGCGAUGGCGAAGACGACGACCCUCCGCCAAAAACACAUACCAUGAAGAAAAGAGGCAAGUGGGGAAAACCAAUAAAUAAACUCAAAGACCCAAAAACUCCAAAUUCAUUCCAAACACUAGCUGGUGUCAGUAUGAUGAUGUUACAGCCUAUAACAGCGGGGGCUGGUUCUACUUCAACACCAGAUUUGAGUUUAACAUCUGGUAAGAAAGAAUUUUCCAAGAAAGAAGAUAAAAUGGAUUAUCUUUCUCCUGCGUCAUGUAAAGAAACUACAGGUUGGCUUAAAUCUCAGAGUAUGCAGGAUAUGACUUCGACUACAGACUCCGAUAGUUUUGCAUUAUCGUCAAAAAGUGCGGAUGACAAUACAUCAAAUUCAACUGCACGUCCUCAUCGUUUUGGAUCAGUGGCAACAUCAAUGAUUAAUGUCACUAGUAGAUUAACAUCAAUAAGAUCAAAAUCUAGUGAAGUGAUUUCGAACACUUGGAAAACACCUGUAGACAAUGCACCUCCGGUUGAUCCUAAUGCACAUCAAGAACAAGCUUAUGGGAAUGUUAAUUUUAAAAUUACGUACGAUCAACACACAAAAAAACUUUUUGUUCGUGUGGAGAAUUUGGAUGGAUUAGCGCCAAAAGGAAAAGAUAAACGACCAUAUAAGACAGUUUUAAAACUUACGCUUUUACCCCAGGAAAAAACUACUAAAACUAGUAAAACUAUAGCUGCUGCUAUGAGCCCCGUUGUAAAUGAGGAUUUUUUUAUUAGUACCAAGUGUAUUUCAAACAAAGUUUUGAGGAUAUCUGUUUUUGAUCAUGAAUAUCAAGGAAAAUAUGAUGCAGUUGGUCAUGCUUUAUUUUAUUUAGAUAAUAUAACACCCAAUAAUGAUGGAGCUCAAAGUGUUAAACUCUAUAAACAUUCUUGGCCCGAUAUAAAUCUUUGCAAUAUCAAUAUCAGUUUAAGUUAUAAAAAACAACAAGAAACUUUACAUAUAGUGGUUCAUGAAGCUAACAAUUUAAAUCUGCCCCAUGAAAAAUCGAGAACUUUUGUGAAAAUAGCAUAUUUUAGCAAGGGUAAACGCAUCAAGGAAUAUCAAUCACCAUCAGUGCCUAACACAAAAAAUGACCCUAAGGCAACAUAUGAAUUUAAAGUUGAUAUACGAAUAGAUUUAAAUUCCACCGCAAAUGGCUAUAUAGUAAUUGGUUUAAAAGAAAAAGGAUUCUUAAAAAGGAAUGAAAGUAAUUUAGGAAGAGUAAUAUUUGGGCCCUUUUUGUAUACAGAAAGAGGCUAUGAUUUAACUCCUUGGGGCAAAGUUCUAUUAACUAAGGAUGGUGUUUCAGAUACAUUUAAAACAUAUUUAUAACGUAUAGAGAACAAAAAUAUAUAUAGUAUAAUAUUUGUUGUUAAAACGGAACAUUUUAUUUGUAUUAAAAUGUAUAUAUUAUAGUUUACCAAGUAGAAAAUAAUUUUUAUAAGCCAAAAUUAAUGCUAUUAUGUCUUGGUAUAAUUUUAUAUUAUUUUUUUUUUUUGAGAUAAACUAUUUAGUCAUUUAAUGAUAAAUAUAUCAAGUGUAAGUUAAUUAUGUAUAAAACUAUUACCUACAUGUUAAUUGA